UCUGACAGGUUUAGGUGAUGCUCCGUGUUGUAAUUUACCGUCUGUCAGCUUUUAAGGGUUGUGCUGGUGGAAUCUGAUUUUUAAAAGAAGAAGAUGGAGAAAGAGAGAAAGCCACCAAAACGGUACGGAGCUUUGGAGGAGACUCGAGAAGCAGCAGUAGAGAAGUCACCGGACAACACUGUUUCAAUGGCUGACUCUUCUGUUACAAUUGAAGACAUAGAAGGAGAGCUGUUCAGAAUUGAACGAAUACGAGACAUCCUUGUGCGAAGGGAAUCGGAGCUGAGAUACAUGAUGGAUGAUAUCCAGCUCUGCAAAGAAAUCACACGACUGAAGAAAGAACUUCAGAAACUCGUCUCAAUUCCAGAAAAAGACAAAUCGAAGGAGGACAAGGACCGAGAGGAGGAGCUGCUACGACAGAUCAACAAGCUGGUGGAGACCAGAGAUUUUUUAGUGGACGAUGUGGAGUUUGAGAGGCUGAGGGAACGAGAGGAAGACAGAGAAAUGGCCACCUUCUUGGAGUCCAAAUUUCCGAAGAGUUUGGGUAAAAAAAGUGCUUCGCGGGAUCAAAAGGUAGAGUCCAAAUCCCAGCAAACGUCGACACCUUUCGUCACUAAAACCGGACUGAGAUUGCUGAAGGACUGCUGUGGCUUCAGCUGCUCAGUCAUGUAAAACACGAUGCAGAGAAACAGCUGUGUGCACUAGUGCGUACACAUUUACGUGGCAUAUUGUUCCAAACACAGAUUGUCUACACUCAUAUUUGCUUAUAAUGUAAAUCAAGUGCAAUAUUGUAGUUUUCGUGUCGUUUUCUACUGUGACACAUUGCGUUUGUCUCGUGUAGUAGCAAAGCUGGCUAGUGUACAGUUAUUUAAGAGCUAUGG